AUGACAGCCAACCAGCUCGGAUCUGCUGGUACACAAUCAGCAAUGACCGGGGCCAAGACCGAACAACCGUGGCACGGUCUGCCAACGUUGGUUCGAUGGUUCAUCAGUACUCGGCAGUGGGAGGCGCGAGGCCUUGAUCUUCCAUUGAUCGACGCACUACGUCCUGCGGAGCAAGAAGCGAUUAGAAGGUAUCACUUUGCAUCCGACAGGCGCAUGUCACUGGCAUCGCAUCUUCUCAAAUAUCUUUAUAUACACCGCUCCUGCGGUGUGCCUUGGAAGCAGAUCGUCCUCAGUCGCACCCCCAAACCCGAAGGUCGACCCUAUUAUGCGUCCAAGACGGAGAUACGAGUAGAUUUCAAUGUCAGCCACCAAGCCUCCUUCACCAUUCUGGCGGGGGUCAUCGUGCCGUCCAAGGAACAACUUGCGCGACAAUCUGCUGCCCAAGGCGUGGUAGCAUCGCCGCCUAGAAUUGGAAUUGACAUCACAUGUGUCAGCGAGCGACGCAAGCCAAUGGAGACCAUGCGGGAAUAUCUCAAUUUCAUAUCAGCCUUUGAUUCCGUAUUCUCGCCACAAGAAAUGGCUAUCAUGCAAAAUCCGCUGUCGACGCUGCGGCGAGCGCGGGAUCUGGGCCUCGCCGAGGCCUUCCCUUUGGACGACGAAGCGACACUGAUCAAUUUUGGCUUUCGUCUGUUCUACUCACACUGGGCUUUAAAAGAGGCGUAUCUGAAAAUGACAGGUGACGCCCUCCUAGCAGACUGGCUGCAGGAACUUGAAUUCACAAACGUCAUUCCUCCACCCAUGGCGGAUCGUUUCGCUGCGCAAAGACCCGCGGGCAGUGAUUCCGGAGUGGACAACUGCCAAAAUUCCUCCCAGCAAUGGGGUGUGCCCUACACGGAUAUCAGGAUCUUCAAACAUGGCACAGAGAUUCACGGCGUACGGCUCCAGCUCGAAGCCUUUGAGGCUGAUUAUAUCCUUGCUAUCGCCGGUCAAGGCUGCCCUGUUGGUCCACUCUCUCAGCUACAGCUGGACGAUAGCCUCUCUCAUCAGAAACCGGCCACUACAACACAUGCGACACGCAUUCCUAUCAACACUCGCCUGGCUUUGGGCCAGUCCGACCCUUGGAACCCAGAAUGUGGCAUUCUCGAUCCGUGGUUGCCCGUGCAAGAAGUUGACAUUGAUCUUGACGUUCGGGCCUGUGCCGAAGGAAGGUGUUCCCAUUGA